AUGAUCAUCGACGAAACAAUGGACUUGAGUACCAUAAAGCAGCUUGCUGUCACUUACUUCAAAAUGCAAACUUUUGCCCCAAAGUAUUUUUUACUUGACCUGGUCGAAAUCAUGGAUGGCAUGGCUAACAUAAUUUAUUUGGCAGUGAAGCAAGUAUUUUCAGAGCUACAUAUUCCCAUGCAAUAUAUAAUAGGGUAUUCGUCCGAUACGACCAACGUUAUGUUUGGAGAACACAAUUCAGUUUUUCAGAUGUUAAGAGCAGUAUAUCCGAAUUUUUAUUCAGUUAAAUGUUCCUGCCAUUUGAUCCAUUUGGCUUCUUCGUAUGCUGCCAAGAUGUUACCCAAACAUUUGGAAGAUUUAUGCCGCAACAUCUUCAACAUCAAUCAUUUCCAUCGCUCAUCCAAGAGGCAAGAUGCAUACCGAGAUUUCCAGGAGUUCUUCAACGUAGAACCCCGUCAACUCCUCUCGCCCGGGCAAACCCGCUGGUUGUCCCUAGAAGCAUGUGUGAACCGUAUCUUAGAGCAGUACUUGGCGUUACAGCAUUACUUCGUUCUCACUGCAAAUGAAGAUCCAACACAUUUGAAUGAUCGAAUCGUCAAAUCCCUUCAUAACAAGUUUACCUUAGCGUACCUCGAGUUUUUGAGCUAUCAGCUUCAACGGUUCAAUGUGUUUAAUUGUCUUUAUCAAAGCGAGAGGCCUCUUUUGCAAAACCUUAAAGACGAAGUGGAAGGACUUUUAAAGUCAAUUGCAAGCGAUUUCAUGGUUGUUCAGUACAUCAAAGAGACCAAUCCAAAAGACAUCAAUCCAACCAACGUUCUACAUCAUGUACCACAGAAUCAGACCUAUAUUGGCAUUGCUGCCACGGCUACGAUUCACAAGAUAGAAGAAGGGGCAACAAAUGAGGAUCUGGACAGAUUUCGAAGCGACUGCAAGAAUUUCCUGAUCGAAAUCAUCUUACAAAUUAAGCAAAGAGUUGAUUUAGAUGCCGAAAUACAUGAUAUUGUUCAGUGUAUUUCACCUACCAAGGCUGCUUUUCGUACGCCAUCAUCAUUAGCCCAAAUCAUCUAG